UAAACAUUUGGCUCAACAAGCGAGGGCGGGGUUUAAAGUCCCUCCACCUUCCCGAGUCAACAUUCGAAUACGCACUCUCCGCCGCGGCUCCUCCCGCCUACUCGUACGCUAAAACGAGCGCUCAGCCAUAACCGUGCCUAUUUUCUUUUUUUGGUAACUGAAACUAACUGCAAGCAUAGCGUAACCGAAAGGAGAACACGCAGAAAUAACACAUUUCCAACUAAACUAAAGCUAAAAUGUCUUCCCUGAGUAACAAGUCUGCGCAGGAAAUCAGCGAGCUGCUCGAUGAAUACGGGAUAAAGCACGGACCUGUGGUCGAGUCCACCAGAGGUCUGUAUGAGAAGAAGCUGAAAGAGGCCAUGGCCAAAGGCAGAAGAGCUAAACCAUCACCUGACAAAACCUACUACAGAGAGGAGGAGGAGGAAGUCACCUAUGUUUACAGAACACCAACCAGGAGUGAAGCCUUAGGUGACAGUGGGGCUUACAUGAGGUCAAGACCAGAUUAUCAGCCUGAGACUUCUUACUCAAGCUACUCAAGGUCCAACCCUGAAUACAGUGGAAGGGAUUAUGGUAACGAGUAAGUAUUUUGUAUUUAG